AAGUCUUGAAAUCCUUCAGCCAGGAUGAAGUCUUGUCUGAUGAAAUUCUGCAGACUUGUCCUCUUGGCACUGACUCUGCCCUUGAAUGUGAUGGAGAUCACGGGCCUGUGCGGCGCCUACAAGCGCUUCUUUCCAUUUCUCGCCUACAACGUCACGUUUUCGUACAACGCCAAGAUGCACAGAAUUAAGAGGGAUCUUUUCCGGGACGUGGGCAGAUUUGCAAACACUGACGGGUCGCUCCGCCUGCUGGAGAUCGGCUGUGGCAGCGGAGCAAACUUCAGCUUCUACCCGUGCGGCUGCACUGUGACGUGCACGGACCCGAACCCACACUUCCACAGGUACCUGCAGCUGAGCAUGGAUGCCAAUCAGCACCUGACCUAUGACGCGUUUAUAGUCGCGCGUGGAGAGGACAUGAAGGAAGUCCAGGACGAGUCAGUGGACGUGGUUGUCUGCACUCUGGUCCUCUGCUCAGUCAGCAACGUGCAGCAAGUGCUGCAGGAGAUCCGACGCAUCCUCAGAACAGGUGGAGCCUUCUUCUUUUUGGAGCAUGUCGUCUCAGACCCGUCCUCUUGGACAUUCUUCUUUCAGCAUGUGCUUGAACCUCUGUGGUACUACCUUGGGGAUGGAUGCAGAAUUACAAGAGCAACAUGGAAAGAUCUCGAAGCUGCAGGAUUCUCCGAACUUCACUUGAAACAAAUUGAGGCUCCAAAUGUUACAUCAAUGAUAAGGCCACAUAUUAUGGGAUUUUCCAUUAAAUAGAGUACAUAAUCUUUUUAAAUUUUUUACAAUUAAAAAACACAUUAGCCGUGCUUUAAAUUUUGAGUGAAAAUAUAUUUAUUUCCUUUCAGAAUCAGCAACAUUUCAUAGAUGGUUUGUUCUUCUGUCCCACCCCUCCCAAGAUGCACAUAAAUAAUAUUACCUGGACACUGUGCCUUUUCCCUGAUUGUCGCAGUAACUGCAAAGAAACAACCCAAUAAACCACACUCAAAGUA